AUGAAGAUCCUCAAGAAGCUGUACAGCCGGAAGGGUCAGACAGUCCUAGAGUAUGGCAAUGACAGCAUGGGGCACGCAGCAAAAUCCAAAUUUGAGAAGGGGGACCUCGUCCGCUGUGGUGUGAUAUGGACACUGCGGGCCGGCGGCUGGACGGUGUUCCACAGACGUCGCGACUUCACAGUUGACUUCAACCGGAGCUGGACAGAAUAUGAAAACGGGUUUGGUGACGUCUCUGGAGAUUUCUGGCUGGGCCUAGACGCGAUUCACAAACUGAUAUCGUAUGGUAUGCGCUUGAGAGUGGACAUGGUGGAUUGGACAGGGACACAUCGCUGGGCGGAGUACAGCUAUUUCCGUGUGUACGGUCCUGAGGGUGACUACCUACUUUCCGUGUCCGGCUACUCGGGUGACGCAGGUGAUGGGUUGGCAGCUAGUAACGAAUACCCGUUUCAAACCUAUGACCGAAACACGUACGGCUGUGUUACAUCAUAUACUGGCGCCUGGUGGUACGGGUCUGACUGCGCCAGCAGAGCUGACCUCUUCAGUCCUCAUAAAAGGUUCACGAAUUGGGGUAACACCUACCACCUGAUGUUCUCGGAGAUGAAGACAAAGCCAACAUGAUAACACCACCUUGUCUCCUGUACUCACUGCUCACACCGCCAGUCCACUGUUCACUGUUCACUACAGGUUCCACUGAUGAUGUGAGCUCAGUGUACAUUAAUCUUUCUCAAUAGUCUAGCAUCUGACUCUAGUACAGACUACUUACUGUACUUUAAUUGUUUACUUUGAGUAUAUUGCCUGGUGAUUCUAUUCUACAUGUGUUGUAUUAUUUCAUUCAGAUUUGCAUUUGCUUGGAUAAACUAACAGGUUUACAAACGUGAAGUCUAAGUUUAAUUAAUUAAUUCAGCAUUUAAUUGUGCCUAGGUUGUAGUAAACGUGUCAUCAACUAUAUAUAUUAGCUAUACACCUGAUAGUUUAUAGUAAACAUGUCAUGAACUAUAUAUUAGCUAUACACCUGAUAGUUCAUAGUAAACGUGUCAUCAACUAUAUAUUAGCUAUACACCUGAUAGUUUAUAGUAAACGUGUCAUGAACUAUAUGUUAGCUAUACACCUGAUAGUUUAUAGUAAACGUGUCAUGAACUAUAUAUUAGCUAUACACCUGAUAGUUUAUAGUAAACAAGUCACGAACUAUAUAUUAACUAUACACCUAAUAGUUUAUAGUCAACGUGUCACGAACUAUAUAUUAGCUAUACACCUGAUAGUUUAUAGUAAACGUGUCAUGAACUAUAUAUUAGCUAUACACCUGAUAGUUUAUAGUAA